AUGACAAACUCGGAUAUAAUCCCCUUGGCAGCAGCUGAACUUGAAGGUGAGCAGCAGAUCAAGAAUAAUUAUAAUAGUUCUUCUUCUUGGGCUCCUGCGCUAAAUAAUGACAGCUGGGCCACUGCGCUUUCAUCACCGUCGAACUCGCCUUCGCUAGUGUAUGCGAGUUUCAAUCCACGGCCAGAUCAAGUUCAACACAGUAGUUCCAGUGCGCCAGCAGUACUAUUGCCACUCGGUGCCGUCAUAGGACUAGCACUAGCACCAUGCUCUGCGAUGGGAGCUUUGAU